GAGAGUUAAAGGGGAGGGAGGCCGUCCUCGCGCGCUCGCUCGCUCGCCUCGCCAACAAAGUAAAAGUGAAGAGGUCGAGCUAGCUAAGCUGCUAGCGACAUUUAUAAAUAAAACAGCAAUGAGUCUGGAGAAGGCAGAGCUUUGUGACUCCCUCUUAAGAUGGCUUCAGACAUUUCAGGUCCCCUCCUGUGGGAACAAACGCGAUCUGACCAGUGGAGUGGCCAUUGCCCAUGUCCUGCACAGAAUAGACUCCUCCUGGUUCAACGAAACAUGGCUGGGAAGAAUCAAAGAGGAGAGCGCAAGCAACUGGCGGCUAAAGGUGAGCAACCUGAAAAAGAUCCUUCAUAGUAUGCUGGAGUACUACCAUGAUGUGUUGGCUCAUCCGGUGUCAGAUGAGCACCUGCCAGAUGUCACUCUGAUUGGGGAGAUGGAAGAUUUGACGGAACUGGUCAAGCUGGUACAGCUGGUUUUGGGCUGUGCAGUCAGUUGUGAGAGGAAGCAUGAGCACAUUGAGCAGAUAAUGACCCUGGAGGAGUCUGUUCAGCACGUGGUCAUGACGUCUAUUCAGGAGCUCCUGGCAAAAGAGACCGUGGAACCAGGAACCCCGGAGACUUAUGGAGACUUUGACUACCAGUCAAGAAAAUACUACUUUCUCAGUGAAGAGAUGGAGGAGAAAGAAGACUUGACCAAGCGCUGCAGGGACCUAGAGAAUCAGCUGUCAGUGGUCAUGGAGGAGAAGACAGCACUGCUUACCGAGACUCGCUCCCUGAAGGAGAGGCUGAGCGUUUGCGAGCCGCCGGACGUUACCUCUGCCAUCACGAGCAAGAAGCUGCUGCUGCUGCAGAGCCAGAUGGAACAGCUUCAGGAGGAGAACUUCAGGCUGGAGAACAUCAGGGAUGACCUGCGGGUGCACGUAGAGCAGCUAGAGCGCCAAGUGUCUGAACUACAGCACCGCAACGAGGAUCUCACGAGCUUGGCUGAAGAGGCCCAGGCCCUCAAAGAUGAGAUGGACAUCCUGAGGCACUCAUCAGAGCGUGUGGGAGGCUUAGAGGCACUGGUAGAGACCUACAAGCGCAAGCUGGAGGACCUAGGCGACCUGCGGCGGCAAGUACGUCUGCUGGAAGAGCGCAACAAUGUGUACAUGCAGCGCACCUGCGAGCUGGAGGAGGAGCUGCGACGUGCCAAUGCCGUGCGGACUCAGCUGGACACGUACAAGAGACAAGUCCACGAUCUUAGCACCAAACACUCAAGCGAGGCAGUGAAGGCAGAAAAGUGGCAGUUUGAGUACAGGAACCUGCUUGACAAAUACGAAGCCCUUCAGAAGGAGAAGGAGCGCCUGAUCUCAGAGAGGGAUACUCUGCGGGAGACCAAUGAGGAACUCCGGUGUGCACAGGUGCAGCAGAGGUUCCUUAGUCAAGCAGGCUCCGCUGCCAUUGGCAACUUGGCCUCUGAAAUCAUGCCCACAGAGUUCAAGGAAACAGUGGUGCGACUCCAGAACGAAAACAGGAUGCUGUGCGCACAGGAGGAGAGCUACGUGCAGCAGUUGGCCAAGGUGCAGAGCCAGCUGGAACAGUCACAGCGUAGCCAGAAUGCUCUAGAGACUCAGAACAGGCUGGACCAGCAGCAGAUCUUGGAGCUGCGCUGCCAGGUGGAGGAGUUGCAGAAGGCAUUGCAGGAGCAGGGCAGCAAAACUGAGGAUGCCAUCUCCUCCCUCCUGAAGAGGAAGCUAGAGGAGCACCUGGAGAAGUUGCACGAAGCACACUCAGACCUACAGAAGAAGAAGGAGGUCAUCAAUGACUUGGAGCCUGGCAUGGACAGCAACAUGGCAAAGAAAAUCAGUGAGCUGCAGGAGAUCCUGAGAAAGAAGGACGAGGACAUGAAGCAGAUGGAGGAGCGCUACCAGCAGUAUGUGGAGAAGGCACGGAUGGUAAUUAAGACAAUGGAACCCAGGAAGACACCCUCCAUAUCUCCAGAUGUGAUGACGCUCAGGAACCAGCUGACUGAGAAAGAGAGGAGGAUCCAGUACCUAGAGCAAGAUUUUGAGAAGUCCAAAUCCAGACAUGAACAGGAGGAGAAGCUAAUCCUCAGUGCCUGGUACAACAUGGUUGGACUGGCUCUAAAUCAGAAGAUGGCGAGUGACAGGUCAGGGCCUCCUGGCCAGGCGCAGUCCUUCCUGGCCCAACAGAGGCUGGCCACCAAUGCUAGGCGUGGCACCUCGCAUAGGUUACAGCUCAGAUGAAAGGCACGCAUUCUAAAGAGCAUGAGUGGAGAUGAGGGGUUUGUAGACAGGGGUACUAGAGAGACACAUGAGAACACUACAAUGAAUGCAUAGAUUUUAGUUCGUGGACUUUUUACUUCCCACCUUGUCGUCCUUAACGUCUGUGUUGUCUAUUUUUUGAAAGCUUUUUGGAGAUGUACUGCCGAUGCCCCCUACUGGCCAAUGCUGGCCCAUGCUGCAGGUGGGAGUGCUAUGAUUUUUUAACAGUGCUGCUCACAGUCCAUCUGUACUGCGGGCAGCAGAUACAUCUGACUUCCCACGUAAGGAGGCAUUGAAGGGGAGUGUUGCCUUUGCUCAGUUUCUAGCAUCAUUUUAUAAGUCAUUACACUUUUUAAUUAUCCUGUCACGAAGGAGUGAGUUUUUACCUGACAUAGCGUGUGUAUUACAAUCUGUUGAGGAUCGUGGAAAAUUCCUGCUGAUGUUUCAGAAGUUGAAGAGUGGGUGUAUGGUUUUCCCCUUGUUAUCGCUUCAGUACACAGGAACGUGGUAAAGGCACAUCCCCACACAUGAGCAGUGGCACUGCCAGGGUCAGAUGUACAUUAUAUCUGCUUCCUGGUUCACACAAGAGCUGGAGUCCAGCCCGUUACAGCACUUGCAGCCUUCUGUCUGUUCUGGGUUUAAUGCUGCAUUUUUCUCCAAUUUUAUUUAUUUUUAAGGUUUAGAACUGAAGAACAAUAACUCUUAUAGCUACAUAAGUAAUUGAUAUUGCCUCUCUUUUAAAUUUUUAUUCUUUUCCUUCAGUGCCUCUGAAUGUAAUUGUUAGUUGACACUAAACAUUAACUGUUUAUCAUGAUGAGGCAUUCUUGAAUUAUAAUUAGCCUUAUGAAAUGCACUUUCUUCAGUCUCUUGCAAAAAUCUGAAUUCAGUCUUGCAGGCAGAUGCAUCAGUUUGAGGGUUUGGAUACAUGAACUGGAAUAUUCUACUUUGACAGCAAGUCUUCUUGGUUGUCCUUUAUUUUGCAUUUUUGUGUUGGUGUUGUCCCCCCCUUCGUCAGUUUAACAUUUGUCUUUCAUUAAUGAAACAAUUUUAUUGAGUAGACACUCCA